AUGGAUCCACAUCCCGGAUUAAUAAUUGCUGUGCAUGAGUUCUCGGAGCCAUAUCCAUUAGUUUCUGAAAUUGAGUUGCUAAGUUUUGCGGUAAUGGAUCUAUUAAACGUAGCUGCUUACCCCGCCAUAAAUGGUUAUUGUAAAUUUUCAAUUUCCCUGACUCUCCUUAAAUCUAACAAAGAGGAGUUUACAUUAACGCUAGGACCUGCAAAGCCCUUGACUUAUCAUAACAGUAGUCAAUUCCUUCCUAAAAAUGAGGUAUAUACCCAAAUCCAAAAAGAUUUCCAAAAGAAUGCUGAGAAUUACGACGGAGUUGCUGUAAUUCGAGUCUUUAUUAGAGUCUAUAUGGAUGGUACAAAGAAGGAUAGGAAGUCCUUAUCAAAUGAUGAAAGGUGUAUUCUCCUUUCUUCCUUAUGUUCUGUCGAAUUAGGUGCAAGGGAGCCUGCGAGGGAAAUAAGAAAUAGACAGAAGCAUUCCUAUUUGUCAUAUAUAACCAAAAUGAAUGCAUCCAGCAAGCCGCUUAAACCAUUCCUUGUUGGGGAUAUCGAGACAGUUCUGAUGAAAGAGGUUCAUAAGCCUUUUGGGGACAGCGAUACAGUUCUGAUGAAUGAAGUUCAUAAGCCUUAUGCAGCGGGUCUGAUGUUGGUUCGUCCGAAUGAUGCAAUCGGUCAAAUUUCAAUGAAGCAUAUUGACACAUACUUUAGUGAAGACUACGAUAUAAUCAUUCAUUCCUUUGAAGAUAGGAGUCAAAAGGUACUUAAUGACUUGGUAUUAAGGAUAUCUGCAUUAGUUAGAGAAAACAAUACCUAUUUAACAGUAUACUUCCACAACUUCUCUCGAUUCGAUGGAAUUCUGUUGCUAAAACACCUUGCGUGUCAUCACACAAACUACAAACUCAAACCACUUAUGAGGAACAAUAGGCUUUAUGAAAUAGCUGUCUAUUCAGUCUCAAGUAAGAAGUUGCUAUUCCGCUUCAGAGACUCAUUGCAUCAUCUCCCAGGCAAACUGGACAACCUAGCUAAGUCCCUAUGCCCUGAUCUUGGUAGGAAAGGCACUAUCCCAUAUGAUGAGGUGAGACAGUCUAAUCUAAAAGAGAUGAAAAGUCAGUUAUUAGACUAUAUGAAGCAGGACAUCCGUCUCCUUGGGGGUGUAAUGCGUAGAGCUCAAGAGAUAUACUGGUCCCAGUACAAGAUAGACAUUGACAGUGUGAUAACCCUUUCUGCCCUGGCUCUAACAAUCUUUCGUAUGAAAUUCUAUGAUCCCACGGUGUGGCCUAUCCACAUUCCCACCAAAAAUGAAGACAACUUUAUAAGGAAAGCAUAUUAUGGUGGACAUACGGACGCUUAUAUCCCAUACGGGGAGAAUCUAUACUAUUAUGAUGUGAACUCACUCUAUCCCUUUAUAAUGAAGGAAUAUGAUAUGCCAGGUGGCACUCCAGUUUGGCAUGGUAAUUUGGCAGGAAAAGACUUGGAUAGCUUGUAUGGCUUUAUUGAUGCGUAUGUUGAAUGCCCGAAGACUAUCAAGAGGCCCUUUCUUCCCUAUCGGGAUAAGAAUAACACUUUAAUCUUUCCUACCGGGGAAUUCAUUGGUGUGUACUAUAGCGAGGAGUUAAAGUAUGCUAAAAGCCUCGGAUACCGAGUGAUUCCGCUCUCAGGCUAUCUCUUUGAUAGGAAGGGAACCCCGUUCAGGGACUUUGUUAGCUCCCUAUAUGAGAGCAGGUUAAAUGCUAAAAAAUCAGGUAAUGAAGCAUUGUCGUUUGUGUACAAGAUCAUUAUGAAUUCGCUAUAUGGUAGAUUUGGUAUUAAUCCUAAAUGCACAAUAACCGAGAUCUGCGAUGAGGAUCGUAAACAAUAUUUGUUUAAAAAUAGUGAAUUUCUCUUUAUUGAACAGAUUAGCAAAGACUACUACAUCGUUGUCUACCAUAGCAAUACCGGAAGGAGUGAAGCGGAUUCCUGGGAUCCACCAAAAAACUCUGCAGUCCAACUAGCUGCUGCUAUCACAGCCAGUGCUCGGAUUCAUAUGUACACAUAUACUUCCAGAGAGGACUGUUACUACACGGACACAGACUCUGUUGUGCUUAGUAAUCCUCUACCUGAGGAGAUGAUUUCCGCUUCAGAAUUAGGUAAAUUAAAGCUUGAGGAUAAAAUCGUGAGAGGAUUCUUUUUAGCACCAAAAACCUAUUGCUACUAUCAAAUUGAUGGCAAUAGUGUAAUCAAAUUUAAGGGACCCGCAAAAAACCUGGUUGAUCCUGAAUGGUUUGAGUCACAGUAUGAGGACCUAUCUCGUACAAAAGAGGUAAUGGUAGAAUCCAACUUCCGGAUUGAUUGGCACAAAUUGGAUAUCUUCAAGAAAGAUAUGGUUUACAACCUUGGGCUUCCGGUGGGGACUAAGAGGGAACUUGUAUUUAAGGAUCAAACCUGGGUGGAUACAAAUCCUGUUCAUAUCAUUGACCUGUCAAGACUGGAUAACACAUCCAAACUAAUUAUUCAAGAGCAAAAGGCUCAAAUCAAACAACUUAGAAUAAUUAAUGAGAAAUUAAUUAGGAUGCGUGGUGAGCAAGAUGAAAGAAUGAAAACAGAUAGCGGCAUGCAAGGAAGCAAAGAUGAAACCAACCCCCCUAACGGGAAGAAUGAGAAUCAGAAACCUAUAACCAAACGAAGGAAAUGGACAAUGUUUCCAGAUCUCUAUGAUAAUGACUUGAAAGACAAAGCAGAUAAUGAAAAACCACCAGAUUAA